CUAUUCUCUUUCCAGGUGGUGACAGCUAUGGGGACACUUGCCUUAGGAAUCAACAUGCCUUGUAAAUCAGUGGUUUUUGCUCAAAACUCGGUCUAUCUGGAUGCUUUAAACUACAGACAGGUGCUGUCGGUGCUGAAGCAUUCACUGCUCGCCUUCAAACAGCCGCGAGCCCUGGAGAUGCUGAAACUCUACUUCCUGUUUUCACUGCAGUUCCUGGUGAAAGAGGGCUAUGGAGACCGAGAAGGAAACCCCAUGGGGUUUGCUGGACUUGUUUCACACUUGCACUAUCACGAGCCUUCCAAUCUUGUUUUCGUCAGUUUUCUGGUAAAGGGCCUUUUCCAUAAUCUCUGUCAGCCAACCAGGAGAGGCUCAAUAUGUUUUUCUCAAGAUGUUAUGGAAAGGCUAGUGUUAGUCUUGGCACAUCUGUUUGGAAGAAGAUAUAUUCCAGCAAAGUUCCAAGAUGCAAAUCUCAAGUUUUAUCAAUCAAAGGUGUUCCUGGAGGAUCUCCCCGAGGACUUUAAGGCUGCCCUGGAUGAGUAUAACAUGAACGUCACCAAGGGCUUUGCCUCCUUCCUGCUGGUUGUUUCCAAAUUGGCGGACAUGAAACAGGAACAUCAGCUCCCAUUGUCAAAAAUAGGUAAGUGGGUCUUAGCUCUUCUGUGGAACAAUUUAAAGAAUGAAUCAUCUUGCCUUAGACUGUUUGAUCCCAGAUGAAGA